CAAAGACAAAAACUCAGGCAACAUCAGUGUGCGCAACCUCGGCAGGCACAGGCAGGCUAGAGGACGACGGUGUGACCAGACAAGUGGCUGCUCGAGCAGUGUCCGAGCAUCAAGAAGCCACGUGGCCGCGAUCAAAGCUCGGAUCGCUGCCUUGCUCGUCAAGAGCUCCCACAUUUGAUUUUGUCUAGCACCAUCGGGCUCGUGAAGCGUCCUCGAGGCCCGCAUUCGUCAGAGGCCACUCGCCAUCAGUUAUUGGACCGCUCACAACACGGCUUGCGUGACCUGGCAACCCCUGACACGCGCAAGCUGGUCUACCAAGCAAGGGCAGCCGAGCGCAAGACGGCCCAAGCUAGCGAGCAGUGCGACAUGGCGACAGCCUCCAGCAGCGCUGCUCUGAGUACCUACGCAACCCCUUUAGGCUCAGGCUUGCCAGGUGUACCGGGACCGAGCGGAAGCGUCGCGAGCAGCUCAGGCCAUCACGAGCGCUCGUCCCAUCAUCACCAUGCGAACCAUCAUCACCAAACCGGCGAGCGAGAUCGUCAUCGGCGCUCCAGAAACGAUCACCGCCACGACAGAAGCGAUGGACAUCACCGCGAACGCGACAGAGACCGGGAUCCUGCUGCCUCGUCCUCCAACGGGAGGAGUUCCAACUAUGCUCGACACGGCGCACAGUCUGCUCAUUCCACCACUAGCUCGCUAGUCAAUGGAGGUUCGGGUCAUGUAGACGCUGCCGAUGACAACGCCAGCUCGGCCCUCGACUUCGACAAUUUUGACGACGAGGACAUCGAGUGUCCGCUCUGUCUCGACGAAAUGGAUCUUUCAGACCUCAAUUUUAAGCCCUGUCCGUGCGGCUAUCAGAUAUGUCGGUUUUGCUGGCACAACAUCAAGGAGAAUCUAAAUGGUCGAUGUCCCGCCUGCCGUCGGCAGUACGACGACAGCACUGUCGAAUUCAAAGCGAUGAAGCCAGAAGAAUUGAAGCGACUGCAGGCUGCCAAGCGGCAAAAGGAGAAAGAGAAGAAGGAGCUCGAGAUCACCAACCGGCGUCAUCUGAGCAACGUCCGCGUCAAGCAGAAGAACCAGGUGCACAUCACGGGACUGACGACAAAGUAUGCAAACGAAGAUACUUUACAUGCACUCAAAGGAUCUGAUCACUACGGACAAUAUGGCAAGAUCGCAAAAAUGUUCGUCGCUCGCAAGGCGCUGCAUCAGGGUCCCAGCCCUGCCGUACAAGUGCCGACAUCCCUACUCGAUUCUCAUUACCAACCCGUCAACGUCUACAUCAAUUAUGAGCAGCAGAGAGAUGCUGCAGCGUGCAUGGCUGCGGUCGAUGGCUCGACUACUGCGGAUGGAUUGAAACUGCGGGCAACAUGGGGCACGACAAAGUACUGCACAUCGUACCUGCGCGGACAAAAGUGCGCUAUCGAUGGCUGCAUGCAAGCACACGAGACAGGUGAAGAAGUUGAUGGUCCCAUUCUGUUAGCAAAAGAGGAGAUAUCUUCAAUGCAACAUGCUGCCAAGCAGUCAGAGACGAGAGCAGCAGCGAGCUCAGCAGCGCCUAGUCUACCUGCUUCUGCCUCGUGGGCCAAGCAACCUACAACGCAGCCUGCGAAGCCCAGCAUACAGCGCCAGUCAUCUAUCCGCAAUGCCGUGCCUGCGCGACCAUUAUCAGCCGCUUCGAAUCCCACCACGUCCAGCAGCCGCAGAUCGUCCGAGCCACAAGAAGCCAAGCCAGUCUUGCCUUCUCAGCCAGCCGUCAUCCCCGCGGUUGAGCGCUUAGCCGACGUCCGCAAUGCGUCAAACUCCUUGCCAGCACUCCCACCUGGGCUGCUGCCUGCGACGAGCAUGCUCUCUGCGCCGCCUGGGCUCGUGCCGGCAGGUCCACCUGGUCUUUCAGCAUCAAGCACGCCCAUCAGCGAUGCAUCGAUUCCUCUGCCAGCUUCCGACUUUGCCGGCUUUGAUCAGACGCUAGACACGCUAGCAGACGGCGGCUUCAGCUUUAGUCUGGAUCCGGAUAUCGUCCAUCACGAGGCGAAGCCGGUAUCGGCGACAGCUUCACUCAACGGCAGCACAAGCUUACUCAGCAGCUUCGAACCCGGCAUACUGACGCCCUCCAAUCUCAGCGGCCCCAGCUCGCCCAUCACCAGCUUGCGAUCUUCGCUCGAUAUCAUGAGCAUCGCAAGUCCUUUAGCGACAGCGCAGCCGUCUGGUUACACUGGCUCAUUCGACCCUUUUGCGGAAGUCAAGCCGAGUCAGAAGUUACCGUCGGAUGACGAGACAGAGACUCAGCCCCCUGCAUCUAUCAGACAGUCAUCCCGCUUUGGCUUUGCUCGUCAGCCUUCGAGCUUCUCGCGGGGUCUGAAUGACCAGGCAAAGGCUGCUUUUCUCUCGUCCAUGUCAAAUGAGAAGCAUGCCAUGGGACGUAGCCCGUCUUCGUCUGGCCAUUUUGCCGAUCUGUCGAGCGGUCCUCAAGCUGCUCCUCUGCCUGACGCAGCAACGCUCUUCCCAGGCGUAGAUCUCGAUGCGUCGUAUUCAUCAGCCUUGCCGCCCGUUUUCGGUCUCGAGGGGCCGCAUCGCAAGUCGCCAUCGCCAGCGCGUCAUCCUAAUCAUCAUCCGCUAGCGUACAACAUACAGCACGAUCCAUUUGCGCCCCAGUACGCCGGUAAUGAGCUCUUCAAUGACCCGGCAAUCGUCAAUAUGCGCAACGCAAGACCCGGCUAUGUCCCGCCCUUCGAGUAUGGCCGUCGAUGAAUGCACGGCCUCUUUCGUGGUGAUUUGCUAGCUGAAUUCCUCAGAUGAAUCCAUUCUCGGUUAUCCAAUCGUCGGCAUCACGAUCAGACCUGACUUGCUUUUCUCGAAUCAACACAUUGAGGAUGGCGCGGCACGUCUUUGCGGCACCAUCUGACCCUUUCGUACAUACUCGCUAUCAUCAGUCAUUGUCUCGGGAGCGAUAGCAACUCGUCGGCAUCGCGACUCUUCCCCACUGAGCCAGCAGUCUGAGACGAUACUGUCCUUUAUCGUCGGCUCCAGGGGCGGAUCAGCUACUGAUGAUAGC